GCCAAUGGACGAGGAAGAAGAAGAAGAAGGUAGAGGAAGACGACGAAGAGAGGCUGGUGGCGUAGCAUCCCUGAUGGCGGAGUCCAGCCUCCAGGGCCCUGCACAAUGCCAUUGCAGCCGCAGCUCAAGGGGACCGAGCCCACGACAGCGGCAACGCUGUACGUCACCGGUGAGAAGUGCUGACGGCCACGAGCCUCUGCGCGGUCGAGGUGCAUACUACAGCAAGAGGCGGCGCACCGACUACGCCGGCUGUCCCCAAUGCUCGCGCCAUUCCUCGCCUGUGGGAGACGGACUUUGCCAGUCGCACCCGUCCAACACGCAGUUCAAGGUCGUCCUAGAUGUCCACCAGUUCAACCCGGAGGACGUGACGGUGAAGACCUGCGGCAACCACAUCAUCAUCCAAGCAGUGAGACGGGAAGACAGGGGAAGGAGCGGUAUCUUCGUCAAAGAGUUCACGAGGAAGUACUUGAUGCCCGAUGGGGGAGAUCCGGAUCGAGUGUCCUGUAGCCUGACAGAGGACGGUUUCCUGACGGUCCGCGUUCCUGUGAGGGAUCAGCAGCCCCGUGAAGCGGAGAGGGUUGUUCCGAUUACGUAUAUGCACGGCUACAGCGAUCGACCUGUGCAUAAAAGGUCUUCGAAGACCGUUGAAGAUGACAUGAUGCCCUCGGUUGAAGACAUGAUGGGCUGAAAACUCGUUGUGAAAAUUCAGCAACCACAACUCCGCAGUUGAUCGCCUUUGAGUUCAUCUGCGUGUUGUGAGAACUACAUUGAAGGAGUUCGCAUCCUUGAGGCCUUUUCGGAUAUGUCCGAUAGAUGGUUCUUCGCGUGUCCAAGGGAAAUAAAGAUACCACUGUAAUCAACGUUA